CGAUAAUUGGUUAGCUAGAGGUAAGGGGCGGAGUUAGGAGUUAACAAAACAGACGGGAGUGGAGCUCCGGCCAAACACAUAGUAGAGUUUCGAUACUCUGUUUAGAACGCCUGACCCACUUCGAGUAAAACGUUAAAAAAAACUCGCGUGAGUUUAUAAAAGCGCUGCUUGUUUGGUGAGAAGGUUAAACCAUGGAUUUGGCGCGUGUGCUGUGUUUGGUGCUGAGCGUCGGAGGUUGGUUCGCCUGCGCGGAGAGGCACAGCGUCUACUGGAACAGCUCCAAUCCAAACUUCUUAUGGGACGACUACACGGUGGAAGUCCGCAUCAAUGACUACCUGGACAUCAUCUGCCCGCACUACAGCCACGGCGAGGUGCCGCCGCACUCGGCCGAGCGCUACGUACUCUACAUGGUGGAAAGGGACGACUACGACGUGUGCAAGCCGCACUCUUUCGACCAGCUGCGCUGGGAGUGCUCGCGACCCUUUGCCCCCCACGCCCCCGAGAAGUUCUCGGAGAAGUUCCAGCGCUUCACCCCCUUCACCCUGGGCAAGGAGUUCAAGCAGGGAGAGAGCUAUUAUUACAUCUCCAAGCCGAUGCAUCAUCACGGCCAGGACUGUCUGAGGCUCAAAGUGGACGUGGCCGGACAGAAAGGCUCGGCAAAGACUUUCGCCGGCAAGUCCAAGGCCGACGCGGAGAAGAGCGCGGAUGCGUCAAAAGCCAAGUUUGUCUCUGCCGGCGGCGUUCACAACUUCUCCAAUCGUCUCCCAGCAGAUGACCCGACCGCCAUGGAACCCAACGUCCAGAGGAGCAUUGGAAAUUCGGGAACGAGGCCCGUCUCCUUCGCCUUCCUCUUGACGCUCCUCCCGGUUUUCUUUGUGACAAUACUACACUGAAAAGAAAACUGCAAAGCAGCCCAGUGCGGGUCACUGGGGUCACGGACACUUCUCUUUUUUUUUUUUUUUUUUUUUUUAUUAUUGUUAUUUUUUUUUUAUAAUGAAUACAGAGCUUUUAUACAAAGACUAAGCUGUGAGUGAAUGCGUAUCGCAAUGUGAAUGUGGAGUGUGGAUCACUUCAAAGGACUUCUGUAUUGUUUGUGUGUGUGUUUUGUUUUGUUUUUUUUGUAUUAUGAUGAGGAUGAAGCAGCAUUUUCCGUUCUGAGCAAUUAGUCUAAUGGGUUUUUCAUACCACUCGGUAGGUACACCUCCAGUUCCUGAGUCAGCCACUACGACCGUGGCGCUUAUUUGGGAUCCCCUUUUUCUUUUUUCUUUUUUUGGGGGGGGGCCGUUGUUAUGUAGCACUCAUCUCCGCAAGCCUCAAGACCGCAUCCCACUGUUCACGACAUCAGUACAAUUGUUUUUAUACUUUGACCAUUGUUCAAUCAUGUUUGUAAUGAAUAUCUUUUAAAUUGUUCCUUUCGUUGAUUUUCCUCCAUUCUUUUUACACCAUGCGCCCCCCGCCCCCCAGGUGAAUAUUGAGAGCUUCAAAUACCACCAUAAUGGUCAACAUUAAUUAUACAGAGGUGCAGCGAGCCUUAAGUGUUCAUGAAAUUAAUACUGGGGAAAAUAAAUGACUAAAAGUUGUACUUGGGUAGUAAUUCUUUCACCGCACAUCCAAAAUUGGCUAAAAAUAUGGAAACAUUUUACAUUUCUGUCCUUGGUGAAUGGUCACGAGUCCUUGAGAACCCCAAAUGGUUAAAUCAUCCAACAUUGAGUGCAAUGAUGUUUAAUCAGUCUUGUCAUGGUACACGCUUGCAGAUGCGAAACCCCCCAGCCCCCGACCACCACCCCCCCACCCACCCAACUUGUCGAACCUCAAACUGAAGGGACUUCUUGAAAACAUACACUGUACAGUUGUUUUCUAUGUGUUUAUAUGUACAUGUGUACAUAGAAAAAAUAUAAGAUAUUGUUUAAAGAUGUGAACAUUUGAUGGAAUAAACAAAAGUGUUGUAAUAUAAA